AUGUUUCAUCAUCAAGAUGGAUAUCACAAACAGAAUCCUUCCUCAUGGUUCAUGAAAAUGAUGAUGAUCGUUGCUUUUAUUAUGAUCGUCAUCAUCACCACGCUCAUCACUGGCAUUACGGCGACAACAACAACAGAUGCCAGUUCUUCUCCUCAAAUGGAUGAUUCACACAUCUCUUGCAAUUCUGUUAUUGAUUUGAAUGAUCCCACCUCUUUCAUCAAUGAAUAUCACAACAACAUCCAUGCGGAUUCGAAUACCGAAAUCCAAGCAUCUUCUAUUGCGACAUCGCCUCUUCUUGAUGUCCAAAUAAAUGCUUCUAGACCUCUCUUCAUAUCCCUUCUUGAAAAUCACCGUCAUCUUUCCACACCACAAGCUCCGUAUCAUCACGAAAUGUCAAGCACAACAAAACCAUCCAUGACCUUUCAACCAUCAUCAACAUCAUCACAAGCAUCAAUUCAUGAUGAAUCAUCCACAAAAGACCAACAACAACAACAACCGCCAAUAGACCCCACAAAUAGUGUUAACACUACCACUUGCCCUUAUGCCAUUUAUAGAAUGUAUUGGGAUGAAUUCUUGAGAGAUCCGAAAAAUAGAAAGCAAUCUUAUUCAUCCGACUUGGACAGAAUAUUGAAUGCAAGAGUUCCACUGUAUAAUCAAACAGAAUGGACAACAAAAUUUGAAGAUCAACCCAAUGCACUUUCGUGUCCACAAUUUACGAUCAACAAAUGGCGAAGAUAUGUUCCAAUGACAAAUCCAUCCGAGGAUAUAUUAUAUUAUUUCGGGACUGAAAUGAACAUGUGUCAACUCUAUGAAAAAUUUACAUAUUCCUACAAAGCGUUAGUGAAUGGAACAAUUGUGGUGAGGAAUGUGACAUUUAAUUUUGAUUACACACAAGUGUGUGAUCGAUUAUUUUGUUUUCCAAACACGACUUUACAAUUAGUCAAUGAUUUUCAAUCACCAUUUGGACUCAAUCUCACACAACUCUUAACUAACACAACUAUCUACACAAAUUUAUUUCCACAACGUGUUGCGCUUUCAUUCUUUCAAAAAUGGGCUCAAAGUUUCGAAGACAAUACGUACAGUAUUGAUCCUCAAUCACUUGUAGUAUCACCUGCUUACAAUAAGCUCAUGCAUAUUCUUGUCCCUCAUUUACCAUUCAAUUUCACAACUUUGCAACACAUUGCAGAUUACUAUACGGUUUGCAGAGCUUGUCGUGACUAUAGAAAGUAUCCCAUCUCGCCAGGAAGAGAAGUUUGCCUUACGUUGGAUUAUCCAUUCACUUGCUAUUAUGAUUCUAAUAAUAAUGGAGUUAUUGAUGAUGGUGAUACUCCUGGUUAUCCACUUAUUGAGAUUGUUCAGAGAAGGGAUAACAUUUUUAGAAAUGUAAUGAGCAUGAAUGCUGAACCAUUAUGUUAUUGUCCAAGACCCGGAACAGUCGUUCCAAAAAGUAAUGGAAUAGAUGUCAUGAUUUUUAAUUAUACAUUUUUUAGAACAAAGGUUUCAUCGCAGUGCGAUGAAUAUGCAUAUUUCUGGUAUCCUCUUUACGAGACAAAAUUACUCAAUAUUGCACUCAUCACCUUAGAAGCCAUGUUGAAUAUUUUCAUGCUCUUCUUGGUACUCCUUCCACUCAUUGCUCAGUUUUGUAAAGAGAUUGCAAUGAAAUCAAAAGGAAAGGCAUUGAAAUUGCCACAAUUUUCAGCAUUAAUGAACACACGUGAGAUGGUUGAAAAAUAUAACAAGAUGGAACAAACUCGGUUCUAUUCCACAACGACGAGUUUGCAUCAUAACAGAACAUGGAAACGAAUACUUUUCGAUUUACGUUUAUAUUCAGCCAUUAUUUUACAAGUGGCAUAUUUAUGCUUUUUAUCAAGUGACAUUUUAGCAGCUUCAUCCACUGUAGAAAGUUCAUCAGCAGCAGUCAAAUCAGAGAGUGUUUUGUUUUUAUCAGGAAUUGGUUUUUGCCUCAUUGGAAUUAUUCCAAUUCUAGCCAUGUGGGUCGAUGUUUUGAAAAAGACUUCCAACAACAGUGAAAGAAUAUCCUUAAAAAUAUCUAUUCCACUUUUUCUAUUUAUGGCUCUGGGUUUAUUGGGAGUUUUGGCGUAUGCCAUUUCAGAUUAUUUUUCACAAUUUUUUGCCUCUGCUGUUUUCAUGCUUGGAUUGGUUAUUGUAUUUGCAAUUGUAAUUUUUGGACUAUUUAUUUAUGGAUUUCGUAUUUAUUUAAGCUUGAGAAGAGUUUCCAAGGUUAACUUUUUCCAAUUUAGAUUCACAAAAUUCCUAGGAGCAGCCUGUCUGCUUGCCAUCUUUCCUGGAUUUUACAUGGUCUUUGACAUUGCAUGUCGAAUCUACCAAAGUCAAAACGGCACAUAUCCUCUCACACGAUUCUACUAUUUAUUUGCACCUUUCUUUGCAAGUGUUCUCAUUAUUGGUUUUGGAGGCUCUCUCAUCUAUGUCCUCUUUCCCUCCAACAAGGUCUUUAAGGAAAGUUAUCAAUUAAUUUUCUAUGCCAUGUUUUGUUGUGGAGGAAAAUCUCCGAUGGCAAAACGUUUUUGGACACUUCAGAAAUCUCUCUUACGCUCAUCCAUGACUGCAAGACGUGAUCGAUUACUCCAGCAAGACCACCAAGAGAGUCUUGGAGAACAAGGAAUGGUAUUGGCAUCCACUAAAAUUGAUAAAUCAUUACUCAUGAGACAAGAGGGACAACAAGGAGACUCUUCCUCCUCAUUAUCUAUCAACAACAAUGAUGAGGAUGAUUCCAUUCAUGGUGGAUACCACAAUGGAGUCGGUGGUGGUGGUGGUGGCGGUGUUGGAAGUACUAGGAGUACUAGGGGUAUCAAUACUCCUUCGCGUGAAGUGGCUCUUCAUUUAGGAAUUCUCUCUCAACAGGAUGAAGGUGGUGUGCGGUUAACUCAUCAUCAGAAUCCUCAUCAGAAUGUUGAAAACGAAGAGGAAGGAGUUGAAGUCGAGUAUCACGUUCGCAAGGGAAAUACAGCUCAUCAUAUUAAUCAAUAUAUGGGAGGCUUAUUAGAGGAUCUUCAUGGAAUGCAGAGACUGCAUGAAGAAGAGGAAGACGAUGAUGAAAUUAGAAAUGACGAUUCACAAUAUUAUGAAAAUCAAGUGAGUGGUACGAUUGAAAAACGAUCAGAAAGACAACGUGAAUUGUCAUUACCAUUCUUGUAA